UUACUAAUUUGUAUAUUCCAAUUUGCCAACCGCCCAAGCAAAAAACAGUUUACUUUCCGUUCGUCUUCGUCCAAACGAAGAAAUUUUCCUUCCUCAUUUACCCGGAAAAUCUCGCACCUACUUUCCUGGGAAAAUUUCAAUCACAGGCCUCUGUCUCUGGGAGCAACCUAUCACUCUUUUCUUCAAAGAACUUUCAUGGGCAUAUGCAGUUCACAAUAGUUUGACGAUAUUAUUGUAAUAGAAAAGAAGGCCAAGAUAUAUAUAAUUUUAUCCUUUGAAGUAUUGUAAUUUGAGGGGAGUUUUCUUCUUGACAUUGAUUUGAAGGAAGAAACAAAAUUGAACAACAGAGAAAACAUUAAUUGUGUGAGCAUUUUGGGAGGAAAAUCCCCCAUUUUUUCGCAAUAUGAAGUCUUAAAUGAAGUAGUAUCUAGCCUUGAUCAAGCAUAUUGAAAUAUUGACAAAUUUUUGGAUCUGCUCAAUGGGAUGGAUAGGUGUUUUAUAUUCUUUAUUCUUUCUUCUUACUGUGGCCGAGUCAUCAAGUAGAUCAUGGAAAAUGUGGUUGCCAACUGUGGGUGCUGAGACAGAGUCAGCUGUAGCCAUCAAAUGGCCAAUUUUCAGUGCAAGCAUAUUUGUUCUUGUUGCUCUUGUACUCUCCAUGUAUCUUAUCUUCGAACAUUUAGCUGCUUACAAUCAGCCCGAGGAGCAGAAGUUCUUGAUUGGACUCAUUCUGAUGGUUCCAGUGUAUGCUCUUGAAUCGUUUUUGUCACUAUUGGAUUCAAAUGCUGCAUUCAACUACGAAGUAAUUCGAGACUGUUAUGAAGCAUUUGCAUUGUACUGUUUUGAGAGAUAUUUGAUUGCCUGCUUAGGUGGGGAGGAAAGUACAAUUGAGUUCAUGGAAAGUCAGACUAUAAUCACUUCCAGCACACCUCUUUUGGAAGAUUCAUAUGCCUAUGGAGUUGUAGAACAUCCUUUCCCAUUAAAUUGCUUUCUAAAGAACUGGUCUCUUGGUCCUGAGUUCUAUCAUGCUGUAAAAAUUGGCAUCGUUCAAUAUAUGAUACUGAAGAUGAUCUGUGCAGUGCUAGCCAUGAUUCUUCAAACUUUUGGGGUUUAUGGAGAAGGGAAAUUUGAGUGGAGAUAUGGUUAUCCAUACUUGGCGGUUGUUCUUAAUUUCAGUCAGACUUGGGCCUUGUAUUGUCUUGUACAAUUCUAUUCUGUCAUUAAAGACAAGUUGGAACCAAUUAAACCAUUGGCCAAGUUUCUGACAUUCAAAUCUAUUGUAUUCCUGACUUGGUGGCAAGGUGUUGCUGUUGCAUUUCUUUUCUCAAUAGGAGCUUUCAGAGGGUCUUUGGCUCAGGAAUUGAAAACACGAAUACAAGACUAUAUCAUCUGCAUUGAGAUGGGUGUUGCAGCUAUAGCGCAUCUUUAUGUCUUUCCAGCAGUACCUUACAAGCGUGGAGAAAGAUGUGUCCGUAAGGUAGCUGUUAUGUCUGACUAUGCAUCUUUAGGAACACCUCCAGAUCCAGAGGAAGUUCAAGAUUGUGAAAGAUUUACAAGAAUGCGCACUGCCCGACAUGAUGAGAAAGAAAAGCGCUUGAAUUUUCCACAGAGUGUCCGUGAUGUGGUCCUUGGUAGUGGUGAAAUUAUAGUUGAUGACAUGAAGUUCACUGUUUCACACGUUGUUGAACCAGUUGAAAGGGGAAUGGCAAAAAUUAAUAAAACCUUCCAUCAGAUAUCUGAAAAUGUGAAACUCCGUGAAGAACGAAUGAGAAGCUCCAAGGAUGACAGUUAUCUUAUCCCCUUAAAUUCAUGGACGAGAGAAUUUUCUGAAGUUCAUGAUAAAGCUCUUGAAGGCAGUGUUAGUGACAGCGGUAUGUCCAGUGGAAAGAGACCACAUUACCAAUCGAAAGCAUCAAGAACUAAAACAGGCAGCUGAUGUAUAUACUUUUUCUUCCUUUUUUUUUUUCUGCAAGUUAAAUUCAGAAGGUGCUGCUAAUCUUAAUGCGAUUUUUGGACAAGGCCUUACAUUUGUAAGUAUACGCAGAAAAUCUGAAUUCUUAAUAAUUCUUUCCUCACCUCUUCUUUUGCGAUGUCUCUCCUCCCCGUUUUUAAGAUGGAAGCUGUGGAGUUUUGAUCAUGUCUUGUUUCUAGGGUAAAGAACCUGGGGAAACAAAAAUUGCUGCUUUCUAACCAUGAAAAUGUACAGAGAAGACUCAAUUAUACGGCCAUUUAUGGAAUUUUAUAUGGUUUGCUGCAAAAAAGGGUACUUUACAGAAGUUUAAAUUUUGAAAACAGAUUAUGACAUUGGACUUAUUUGCAAUCAUAACAUUGUCAUUGUAAAACCAAACAUUUGUGCAUGAUGAUAAUUAUUCGUUAGUUUUAACAUUGAAAAUGUGCAAUUUUCAAUUAUAUUCAUUGGAUAUGCCCUUUAAAAUUUGUUCGGGGAGGUGGGAUUA